GCAUUUUACAAGUGCCUUUACUCAGUUUUAAUCCUGUAUGUUAGACCAAUUUUCAUAUUUGUAAUUCUUUAGUUUUUUAAUGUUUAAAAUUAAAAACAAAUAUUUUUUUGAUAAAAAGUUGUUUAUUUCAGUGACUUUUUUACUUUAUUUAGUUUUUUUAUAUUGGUCAUUUGUUUAUUUUUUUCCGAAAAAAAAUUUUAAAGCACCUGAAAAAGUUGAGCCUAAGACAUAUUACAGAGUUCAUAUAAUUGGGAAAGCUGCAAUAGGACAAUAUUUAUGGUUACAUUUAUUUAAUGGAAGCUUGGAUAUUAUUGAAAAAGGUUUUUUUCAGAAUGGAAAUAAAACUAUAGACAACAUCAUAUUCAAUUAUUAUAGUGGACCUGGAUAUAUUCAGAAUUCUAUUCCCCAUGAAAUACAGUUUUUAAUAUUGAUUAUUAAUGGACGAACUUCUAAACAUGUUUUAAAAGCAAAAGAAUGGUUAGAUUUCUUACCUGAAAUCCAUUCUCUCAAAAAAACUGCAAUCAUAUUGUUAGGUAAUGAAAAAUGUCAAAAUCAUUGGAUUUUACCUUAUAUGAAGUCUAAAGGAGGAAUGAUUGAUGUUCUAUUCUUAGUUUAUGACUCAAUUCUGAUUGAUAAUAAGGAAAUUUUCCAAUGGCCCCUUGGUGUUGCCACAUAUCGUGGAUUUCCUAAUUUGGACUACAACCAGAUUAAACAUGUAACUAGUCCUAGGAAGUAUAAAUGUAAUUUCAUGGGCACAGUUUAUAAAAAUUCAUCACGUGAGAUCGUAGAUGCAUUAUUAAAAACGAGUAGGCUCAGAAACAUUUGCUACUUAUCUACUCGUCACAAGUGGUUACCUAAUGAGUCAGAAGAAAGUCGUGCAGAAUACUUGAGUAUUCUUCAAGAUUCAGACUUCACUUUAAACCCAGUUGGGGAAAAUACUGAAUGUUAUCGUAUUUAUGAAGCUGUGGAACUGGGAAGUAUACCUAUUGUUGAAGAUAAUAUGACUCCAGGACUAUGUGUUUCAUCUUUAAGAUUGUUAAAAAAAUUUAAUCCUCCAUUUGUAUUUGUAAAAAACUGGAAAAAUCUCCAUGAGGUGUUACAAACAGACAAUUUAAAUUUAGAAAAUAUUAUAGAACAAAGAGUUAAGUUGUUACUAUGGUAUAAUAUUUUCAAGAAAAAUAUUGUUACAUACUUCUUAAAUAUAUUAAAAGAAUCUUUUUUUUAACUUUUAAUUGUUACAGUAAUUCAUCCUAAGUCUUCUACCAAAGAAAUUAAAUCACGACUUUGAAUAUUUCCUUAAUAAUUUAUGUUUUAUUAUUAAAAUGGGAGAUGAUUUGUAUUAUUUUAUAUUUUUUAUACUUCUAU